AUGACUGAAGCCGAGGCAGCAAUGAUGGCAGCCAAGAAACGCCACGAAGAGGAAGAAGCGGCCAAGCUUCUGGAUUAUGAACAACGGCGAGUUCUCGAGAAGGAGCGCAUUGAGAAUGAACUUCGUGAGCUCAAAGAGAAGCAGGAGAAACGACGUGCUGAACGAGAAGCUGAAGAGAAAGAAUUCGCCGAAAGACGCCGACAAGACGAAGAACGCCGUCGUAAGGAAGAGGAGGAGCGAAAGAGCCGAGCCGAUGCUGAAAAGGCCCGUAAGAACGAGGAAAAGUCACGUCGCCAACAAAUGAUGGCAGGCUCGUUCGCUGGACAUGCAUCAGGCAGCGAGGGACGCAAUUUCAAGAUCAACUCCAAAGGCGAACAGGCUGCUCAGUUCGGCAAUUUGGCACAAGGUUCAAAACAAGACGGGCAAUCGAAGGAACAACAAGAAGAGGCUAAGGCAGCGUUCUUGGCCGCUGUUUGCCGUUCAGUGGAUAUCUCGUCACUGCUUCCGAACGAUCUGAAGGAGCGAAUCAAAACAUUGCAUAACCGAAUCUGCAAAUUGGAAGCUGACAAAUACGAUCUGGAGAAACGCCAUGAACGCCAAGAAUAUGAUAUGAAAGAAUUGCACGAACGUCAACGCCAGGUCGCCAGAAACAAGGCCCUCAAAAAGGGACUUGAUCCUGAAGAAGCCGCAUCAUCUCAACAUCCUCCAAAGAUCACCACUGCAUCCAAAUUCGAUCGCCAAAUCGACAGAAGAUCAUAUGGAGAUCGCCGAGAGCUGUUUGAGCACCCAGUCGUCAAGAAGCCACCAACCAUUGCCCAUGGAACCGCUCGACCACCACCAGAGUGGGGCAGGAAGGAGAAUGAGGAGCUCGAGCAGCUCAGAAAGAACCUCGAGCCCCCGAAGUAUGUUGAACAAGUCAAAGCUGAAGGAGAUGCUGCUCGUCCACCUGUUCCACCAAUUCCCUUGCAAUUGCCUGACAAGGACUUCGAAGACGAACCAGAGGCACCUCCAGCUAAGGCUCCGGAUGCCGAAACACCUGCUGCAGAAGUCGCGGCCUAG